AUUGCAUGCAUGUGGCCUCUGAGCCAGGUGAUUACAUUUUCAAGAAGUCAGCAUCAUCGCCAGCAGCGAAUCCUUUGGCUGCUCUCGAUUUCAACAGAAAUGCGGAGCUGCUCGACCUGGAGGCACUUGGCGGGGAUGAGUUGGAGGCAGCUGCUAUCGCUGCAGCCGCCGCUGCUGCUGCUGCCGCUGCCUCGGCUGUUACCGCCGACAGCGUCUGUGGUCUCUAUGUGAUUGGCGAACCCGACACGAUUGUGGAAAUCACCAUGAAGCAUUACGAUGUCAACUGUGAGUCGGGUGGCUUAAUGGCGUUUGUCGAUGGCUGGGAACUAAAUGGUGAAUACUUUCCGGCUGUCAAGGAUCAUCAUCGAGUGCUGGAAGAACGUGUUUAUGAGUUCUGCAACAACAACAAGCAAUGGCCUCGGUUCAGCAAUAAGAAAUUCUUCCGUUCAAGCCAAAAUGCCGCCCUGCUGCAGUAUCGCAUACCAGGACGAGGCUCCUUUGUGGCCAACGUGCGCUUCCAUAAGAUUACCCAGC